AUGAAUACAAUGUCAGAAGCUACAACUUCUCCUGUGCAAAAUGAAAUUCCAAGUAAAACAUUGGUAUCAAGUUUAUUAACUUGUACUUAUAAUACAAAUAAUAGCGAAGAAUCUAUGUGUUUUAUUGAUAGUUUAACACCUGAGACUGUGAAUAAUAUUGUUAGUACUACUAUUUCAAAUGAAAAAAUUGGUAUAUGUGAUAAAUUAAGAACUUGGAAUGUAGAGUUCAAUGUAUCCCAUAAUUGUUGUUUUAAACACUAUGUUGUUUUAAAAGGAAAGUUAAAGAAAAACUUUUAUGUACAUUUUUUGCAUUUGGUUACUGCAAUAAGAAUCCUUGUUACACCUGAAACAUGUAUUUCUAUAAAUGCAACCCCUAAAAUAUUACUUGACACUUUUGUAAAAGAUUAUGUUACUUUAUACGGUGAAAAGUUUAUUAAUUACAAUGUGCAUAGCUUAAUACAUCUACCAUUUUUUGUUUUAAAACAUGGUCCACUUGAAUCUUUUAGUUGUUUUAAAUAUGAAAACUUAUUGCAAGAAAUAAAAAAAUUCAUGAAAUGUUCAAGGUUUCCUCUGCAAGUAGUUUCUAAUAGAAUUUAUGAAAAACUGGACCAAAUUAAAAAUAUUUCACAAUCAAAAUAUCCUAAAUUGUUUAAAGAAUUACCUAAAACUCCUCAUUUAUCGAGUGACAAAGUGUAUGAAAAAGUAAUUCUGAAAAAUGUUUCAACUUUAAACAUAAAUUCCAUAAAUAAUAAUUUCAUCAUGUUAAAAAAUAAAGAUUUGGUUUUUGUUGAACAAAUUCUAAUGACUUCAAACAAUGAAAUCAAAUUUCUUGUCAGAAAAUGUAAUAGUUUUUCAUCUUUUUUUAAUCUACCUAAUUUUUCUUCCAAUGAUAUUGGCUCAUAUAGCAUAGAUCUUCAAUUUAUAAGUACACCUUAUCCUAUCCAAGUAAAUGAUUUUAAAUGUAAGUGUUUUUAUAUUCAAAUAUCAGUGAACAAAGCAGUAGUUAUCACUCUAUGUCAUGAUAUAGAUAUACCACAGUAG